ACAGUGACGUGUGUCUGUGUCUGUGUGUAAAUAACCGUUGGUUGAGACAUUUAAAUAGACAGCUGUCAGAAAAGACAACGGAGCGACCACGCUGCCGGCCGUCCCAGACUGCCGCACUCGGCGCUACGAUGCUGCAGCACGACUCCCCGAGGACCUCGCCGGCGUUUCUCGUCUCAAAGAAAAGACCGUCUCCGAGACCCACCGCGCCCGCGCCCGCCCUCGCUCAGAACUUCGCCGAAACGCUGCCGACGGAGAUGAGCGCGAAGAUCUUCGGCGAGCUGGACGCGGAGAGCCUGUGCAGCGCCGCGCGCACCUGCCGGCUGUGGCACGACAUCAUCGCGGAGAGCGAGCAGGUGUGGGCGAGCCAGUGUGUGCCGGUCCGAGCCGUGUGUCAGAGGGAGGUGGACGGAGACAGGCGGGACGGCCUGUCCUGGAAGGUGACCCUGGUGAAGAACUACAGGAGGAGCUGUGUGAAGAGGGACUGGCUGAGAGGGCGCUACAGCCACGUCAGGUCGGCCCAGGAGCUCAGCGGCAGGAAGAUGGUGCCGCUGGACGCCGAGACCUGGGGGGAGAUCCUGCAGGCCGAGCUGGACAGAUGACCCCCCCAACCCCACCCCACCCAACCACACACACACACAGAAACACACACACAUGCUGUACUUCACGGAUCUUAAUUCAAAAAAGCACCUCUGGCACUUCUGAGUGCCAGAUUGUAAAUCUCUUAAUAUAUUUUAUACUUUUUGUCUUUUUAUGUAAAUACACACAAAACAAUUGUACAUAUAUUUUUAUUUUUUAUUUUAAUUUGUUGUUAAUUUUUUUUUAAGAAAAAAAAAGGAUCAUGAAGAAAAUGAAACGAUGACAUUAUGGGAUGGAAUUAUGUUGAAAUCGAGCUUUUAUUGCGUUGAUGUAAAAACGGCCGAGAUGCAAUAAAUAAUCAUUAAGAGUG